AUGGUUUCCAUCCGUGCCCUAAGCCUCCUGGCUUUGGGUUCUUCAUCAGUGUUGGCAUUAACCCCAAGACAGGCCCGCUACUGGUCUCGAAAUGAUGCUCGCCCUAAAAUUGCACGGGAUACGCCGAGCGAGGUUGACUACAUCGUUGUUGGAAGUGGUCCAGGAGGCGGACCUCUCGCAUCUCGUCUGGCUCUCGCUGGAUACGAAGUUUUAUUAAUCGAUGCUGGAGAUGACCAAGGGGAGGACCUGACUGCUGAAUUGCCUCUCUUCCAAUUUGCAUCGACAGAAAUAGAAGCGCAGCGAUGGAACUUCUUCGUACAUCACUAUUCUGAUCUUGAACGUCAAAAGAAGGACACGAAAAUGACCUACCAAACUACUGAUGGAGACUUCUAUGUCGGGUUGGAUCCUCCAGCGGAUGCAGAGCCACUUGGUAUCUGGUAUCCCCGAGCUGGAACCCUUGGUGGUUGUUCAAACCACAAUGCUAUGAUCACAAUCUACCCACAUGAGAGCGAUUGGCAAUACAUUGCAGACCUCACUGGUGAUGAUUCUUGGGCUCCUGACAAUAUGCGAACAUAUUUUGAAAAGAUGGAGCAUUGCGAUUAUCUCCCAGAGGACACUCCUGGACACGGCUUUGACGGAUGGUUCCAUACAAGUGCGACUAACCAGACUAUGAUUGUUCAAGACCAGAAGAUUAACUCGAUUGUUCUUUCUGCUGCUGAGGCUUUGGCAGUAAAUGCUUCUGACUCAAUUCUCUCGACUGCUGAAGGCUUCAACCAGCUCGUCAAUCUUGAUCCCAACAAUCCGUUACCUACGCGCGACAAUACUACUGGGUUGUAUCAGAUUCCAAUUGCUGUUGAUGGAAGAACAAGAAAUGGUGCUAGAAAUUUCAUUCUCGAAACAUUGAAUGCGGUCAAUACAGACGGAUCUAAGAAAUACGGCUUGACUCUCAAACUCAAUACAUUUGUAACAAAGAUUCGAUUUUCAAACGACACCACACCUCGAGCACUCGGAGUUGACUUUUUGGAAGGCAAGAGCUUGUACAGAGCCGACCCAAGAGCUGGAAAAAAUGCCACUGCAGGAAUCCCUGGAAGUGUUAAUGCUAGAAAGGAAGUCAUCAUUUCAGGCGGUACUUACAACAGUCCUCAACUUCUCAAACUCAGUGGAGUUGGACCAAAAGCUGAACUCGAAUCAUUCAAUAUCCCAGUUGUGGUUGAUCUUCCAGGUGUCGGCACAAACAUGCAAGAUCGUUACGAAACAACCGUCAUCUCAGAAUCCGACGUCGAUUUCUCAAUCGCUAAAGGCUGUACUUUCCUCACAACUUCCGAUGAUCCAUGUUUAACUCAAUGGCAAAAUGAUACCGAAGAUGCAGGACUUUACGCCACACCCGGUCUCCCGCUCGCCGUCAUCUUACGAUCUAGCACCGCAGAACAAGAUCCCGAUCUUCUCAUUUCCGGCGCCCCUGCUAAUUUCCACGGCUAUUAUCCAGGCUAUUCCGGUCCCGCUCUCGGUGAUGCUCUACACUGGAGUUGGAUUACACUUAAAGCCCACGCUCGCAACACCGCCGGUACAGUGACCCUCCGUUCAUCCGAUCCUCUCGAUACUCCUCUCAUCCAAAUGCACUCCUUCGACGAAGGUACCACUGUCGAUGAUGCCUGGGAAAAAGAUCUCCAAGCAAUGUACGAAGGGAUGUCUUUCUCCCGUAAAGUAAUGAAUAGUGUCGUUCCUCUCGAUGGUUCAUUCAACGAAACAUGGCCUGGAGCAGAUAUUUCUACAGAAGCAGAACUUAAACAGUUUAUUCAGGAUGAGGCUUGGGGUCAUCAUAUCUCUUGCACUAAUCCUAUUGGUGCUGAUGGUGACGGAAUGGCGGUUUUGGAUAGUAGUUUUAGGGUUAGGGGGACCACUGGUUUGAGAGUCGUGGACGCGAGUGUUUUUCCUAAGAUUCCCGGGUUUUAUAUUGCGGUGCCUAUUUAUAUGGUUAGUGAGAAGGCGGCUGCGGUUAUUAUUGAACAGGAUAUUGCGGGAACGAGUUAUAGAUAG